UUGCUGGAUUGGAUGCUGAAUGAUGUUACUUCUGCUCCUCUGGUCAACAAGCUGAAAAAUUUAAAACUGGAGGCUGUGGCUUGACUGCUGUGUGACUGAAUCAAAUACCUACCACCUGGAGGGACCCAAGGAGGAAAGGAAACAAGCAGCAUUGGCCUUGAUUGAAGACAAGGCAAUGUCAUCCUUGGUGAAGGAGGAUCUUAACAAGAAGCUUUUCAAAUCUCUGGGGCAGAGCUUGUAUGAGUUUAUUGAAGUUGAAUUCUCUGGCCAAGACCGGUUCUACCUUUGUGUUUCAGUGACCAAAGGAGAACAAGUACAAAUAUCUAUGGUGAAACAUUUUAGAGUAGGCCUUGAUGAGAAGUAUGAAAUCUCUGAAAAAUGGUUUCUCAAUGACCUGGAGAUGAUUGAUGGAAAAGAAGCAGAUACUGACAAUCCAUGGUUUGAUAUGCAUUUCAAGAAAGUAUAUAGUUGGGAAGCUUACAGCUGUGCAUCUAAAUAUUCCUUUGCACGAACAUUAAAUAAAUUGAAUGAGAUGUACCUCCAGAAAGACCUGAAGAUUGUGAACUUUGAUUUUACCUACAUCAAUGAUGAUUCAUUUUGGUCAUCCAACAAUGGGGACUGUUUGGUUCUUAUGAGGAUCUGCUUCUAUGCGUCUAAUCUUCUUUGUCUUUCUCUGUGUCCUCUGCCAAUAGGGUGAGAAACUAUCAUUCUUGUCACAUUUUGAACAAAACUUCUGGCAGGAGUUCAGUACUGUAUAAGCAGUUAUAUUUUUUCCUUUAUCAUUACUGUUUAAGCAUUUGUUAUUUCAGAAUGUCAGACAUUAUAAUAUAUAUGUGCUUAAAUAUUAAA